UAGUCAUAUGACGUCCGUCCUCGCUGUUACUUUUAGCAUCAUGUCUUUAAUUAGCUAACGCUUGUUUAUUUUUGGGAUUGAAGCUCAAUAAAAAAAAAAAAACACCACACAAUUUGCAAAUGUUUCUCGACUUAGAUUUUAACACUUUAUAAAGGACAAUCCCAGUCUUUGGAUGGAGUCAUUUUCCAGCAUCUCGCUAUUUUCUAUAAUCAUACAAAGGGUCCUCAGGUUUCAGGAUUCAGGUCAUAGUGCAACAAAGUUGCAGAAGAAUGGUCAAAUAUUUUUGUAGCUCCACAGACAUAAAGAGCACAUGGGACCAUGUUGUCUCUGCCUUUUGGCAGAGAUACCCUAAUCCUUUCAGCACCCAUGUUCUCACUGAGGACGUUGUGUACCGGGAGGUGACCACGGACCACCGGCUCCUCUCCAGACGCCUGCUGAUGAAGACCAAUCGGCUGCCUCGCUGGGCAGAGCGGUUCUUCCCUUCCGGCAUGUCUCGCUACGUCUACAUCCUGGAGGACUCCAUUCUGGACCCGGUCAACAGAAGCUUGACCACCUACACGUGGAACCUAAAUCACACGACUCUCAUGUCUGUGGAGGAGCGUUGUGUUUUCUUAGAUUCAGCAGAGCAGCCAUCAACCACACAGCUAAAACGGGAAGCAUGGAUAUCUUCAAGCAUUUUUGGCUUCUCCAAACCCAUUCAGGAGUUUGGAUUGGCCCGCUUCAAGAGCAACCAGGUGAAGGCCAUGAAGGGGCUGGAAUACGCUCUGUCCAAUCUGCAGGGACUGGGCAUCAGGCUGACCGUUGGGGAGAGGCGCCGCAACGGCUACUCCGGGACUCAGUGAGACCCCCGUCAGAAAAGGCCAAGGAGGCGGCCAAGACUCUGGCUUCAGCUGCCGCCGCUCCGCAGAAAUCCCAGCAGUACGUCUGACGGCCGGGAGCGGGAGGCUCAGGGCCUAAGAUGAGGGCUAACUGCGACUGACUUGGUUCUUUUCAUCAUGUGUGUGUUUUUUUUUUCUUUCUGUCUCAGUUAUGUUAAAUCUCAGGUGUUUGUAUGAAAGCCGUCUGCCUUUCAGUGCUAGAAAAUGUCAGUGAGCCAGGUGUUAAUGCUGAGUCCAGAUAACUUCACAUUUUAAGUUCUCCCAGUAGAGAGAGACGAUGUUGAUUUUGUUUUUACUUUUUAGAGCUAAUAUAUAGAGCUAAUAUAUGCAUCAGUAAUUUGUGACAUGAUCAUUAGAAAGCAUAAAAUGCCAAUGCUGAUACUGUCGAUCACAACAGACUGGCUCUAUCAGAAUGAGCAACAUUUUCACUGAUUUACUGUAACGUAUUCAGGCUGUAACUGAAUGACUGCUUCUGAGGUGCAAUAAUGAAACUGAAUCAACUUUUAUUUUAAAGCUUGUUCUUAAGAUCGUUCUGAUUUCAGCGACUGCAUUCCUUUCAAGUUUGUAUUUGACUGGAUUUUUAUUUGUUGUUUAAGCCUUGGAUAAAAGAUACAAUAUGACGGAUGUAUUCCUGAUUUUUUUUUUUUUUUUCUGGUCAUUUUAAACAGACAAGCUCUUAUAAAAUAGAAAAAUCUACAGCACGUCCAACUUCAGAAAGCUCUUUUGUUAAACGAGCUUCAAUAGAACUUAAAAAAAAAAGGUUACAUGAUUGACAUGCUUAUUGUUUAUGGGAUCAGCUAACGUCUUUCUGCUGCUGCAGCAAGAAGCUCCACUUUGACCUUUAAAAGUUAAUAUUCCAGACUUCAGCUUCACAGCUGCACAAACCAAACAGGAAGCCCCCUAACAUUUCAGCUCUUUUAUCUGCCUUUUCCUGCUGCUUUGCUCAGCUGCGUGCAUGAAUAAGUCACAGCAACAUGUUUAUGUAUAAAACAUUUUAAUUAUAUUACAAUGAGACAACACACAAUACCUUCAAGUGUUUGCUAAAAUGUAGCCAGCACCAGGUACUCGUGUAGACGCGCUCAUACGCACAAAACCAAAAAAAAAAA